AUGAAUAGCUCCGAUCAUAAGCACUCCAUCGACAGCGAAGCACUCUGGGCCCAAAUCAGGGCUCCUGAGUUCAUGCCGGAGGAUCCGGAAGCGUUCCUCGCAGUUCUGGAAUCGCGAUUCCAUGAAGCUCGCAUCACCGGGCAACUAUCCCGUUAUCAUAAGCUGUUAUCUGCGAUCCCGCGCGACAUACUUAUCAACUUCAGGGAUUUUUACAUGAAUAUCCUGAGCACAACCCGUACGACGGACGGUGGUGGCCCGGUGGUAACGUCACCAAUUAUCAACCCGGAGGACGAGUGUCCGAAUCCCGCCACUACCGCCUGA